UUGCAGGUAAUGUCAGCCGAGUAACAAGACAUCAUGAGUAAGUUUAUGAGCAAGCUCACAAAGAGAUCUUCAUCUUCUAAGAAAUUCGAGGGUGCUGUUGAAUGUACAGAUUUCGAAUGUGUGACAUUCCAAGACAAACCCUAUCAGAUGGACAGUCGUCCCCUUGUUGACGUUGCUGCUCCAAUACCACCCUUUACAGAACCUGCUUGCAGAUUUGAAAGAAGUGAAGGACGACAGUCGUUCAACGAAGGAACUGAAUCAAAAUUUGGAGGUCGUCUUAAUCAGAGCAGUAUUGCUACGGUUAACAAUUUGACUGCAAAUGAUAGAAGAUUAUCACAGUCACAUGUUUUUGGUGCAGCAAACCAAGCAACAGCGAGCGCUAGCAAUGAGCCACCUGUCGUAAACCAACAGCAUCAAGAUGCAAUGGCGAACCUGCAGCGCAAACGACCAGGAUCUGCGAGAUAUGCUCGUCCUGGUGCUGUUAACGGUGUAAAACACGGCUCUUCCUCAUCUCUGUCAUCAGCAUCCUCUGCUUCAUCCACUGGGUCAUACUCAAAUAACAUCGGUAACGGAUUCGGACACCCGGAACAUGCAGAACUUAUUCAGUCGAUCAAUGCGUCUUUGAACCAGCUCUCACUGGUGGAGGAUAUGCAGGAUCUCAUGCCUUCUACAAACGCUCCUCCUCUCAAACCGAAGAGACCGUCGACUGACCGAGUCAAAACAACAAUGGCAUUUUAUGCCAACAAACCAUCCUUCAGCUCCGACAAUCGGCAACCUAGCGGACAGUCUUCCCUUGAAGAAGAGAGCCCAGGGGUCGGCAUGACGACAACAGUCAGUAACCACAGCAACAGUACCAACUCUCUCCACAACCACCACGGAGCGAUUAACAACAUCACUAACAAUAAUAACAACAUCUCCCCACAUGCCUCCUCUACCACCAUCAACUCUACUCACAGCAACUGUUCUCAGCAUGGACAGAGAGUGCACGUGUGCAAGCACUUCAUCUCCGGGAACAAAAAGGCCCUGACAGAAAUACUGAAGAUGUUGAAUACCAGACAUACGGUUAGAGAUGAUCUCAGUUUGAAGGGCUGGUCUGAUUAUCUGGUGUGCAGUUCUAGGAUACUGGUUGACACGGAGAAGAAUAGAGGGUGUUACAAAGUGAGGUGUGCUAACACUGACAACCUGGCCCUGCCUCAACGUGUCUACCUAGCCAAGAUCCAGUGUUCUUCUCAACAAGACGCACAACAGCGCAUGUGUUUUGAGAAUGACUUCAAGAUCAGUUCCGCCCUUCCUCCUCACCCUAACAUCACAACUUCUUACGCCAGGUUUUCGGACAAAGUCCCUGAAAAUCUCCCUGAUUUUCCGUAUGACGCAGCCGGAAGGACCGACUCUACCUUCGUUAUCUCCGAUUUCCUGUCCGAGGGAAAUCUUCGGAGUUUCGUCAAAGAAAAUCAGCACUUGUUGGAACACAGAGUUGAAGAGUACGAGUACGAAGUUUGCCUCCUGUUACUUCAACUAUUCAGAGCCUUACAUCACCUUCACGAGAAUAAGGCUGUUCACCGGGACUUGAAGUUGGAGAACGUCUCAGUGGGAGCUGCUGAUCACCCAGGAGGUGGAAAGAGACUGUCUCUGUGUAACUUUGGGUACUCCCUCUACCAACCUGAGAAAUCGGAGCCGUUCAUUGUGAACCCUGACGAUAGUAACACAUGGUUAGGUGGGAAUAUCCCCCAUUUACCUCCAGAGAUUCUGAACCCCUCCGAGGAAAUCACCGAACUUGACUACACUAAAGCUGAUGUGUUUGGGGCUGGUUGUAUGAUUUACGAGAUGCUUAACCUGAUGAACCCGUUUGAGGGAGAUGAUAGUCUGAUCAAGAAAGUGUAUUCUCAAUCUGACUUACCGCUGAUCCCCAAGAGAUCUAGAUAUUCUUAUGCUCUAGAUAGACUGGUUUGUCUGCUACUCAGACACAAGCCAUCGAAGAGGAUCUCCGCUAAACGAGCUGGUGAUCUUGUAGAAGUUAUGCUUUGGGGCCCAGAAGAAUUACGGGGUUCUGACAGAGCAGCAGCUGAACAGAUGGCCGCUGAAUGGCUCGAACAACAACGCAGUGAGAUUCUCUCCAACCUCGCUCUGAAGCUCGCUGAAAACUUCACACCUCAGGGUUCUCGUGUGCAGAACUCAGCCGGCUUCUCACUCGAGGACGAACUUAAAUGCAAAUUCCUGAGGGAAACAUCGGCCCGAGCUCUUACCACUAAUUUGUACCUCUUAUCCCAAUGCCAGCGUGCACAACAGCGUGGCUUAUAGUUCAUACUGUCUCCUUUAUCUACAAAGUGUUCAUCCAUUUUAGGAUGGAAUUGUGAAAUCUGAAUCGUGAGAUUUCCAACGAAAACGAAAAGCCAGACGUGCUAAAAACCAAAGCGAGAGUUACUACAUUGAAAGACUCUAGAUAUAGAGAUAUCGUGUUCGUUGCGGUAAAAACUAUUCGUGUUCUUAAGACUAAGAGAACAGUUCGGAGAGAUCAUGUGUGCCUGCAUUCGUUUAGAUGGGAACUUAGAUUGAUAGCUCAUUUAAGUUUAAUUUUAUUAUAUGAUGAUUAAUAUUUGUAGAGAAUAUUACUUUUAUAGUUUUGUAUCAUCGAAAAACGGGUGUUAACUAUGAAAAGUUGAUUGAUGGAUUAUUAGGAUUCACUAUGGACAUGGUAGUACUUAUGGCUGGGUCGUUAUCGGCUACGACUACAGAGGAAUAUUUUUUCUCAUCCUGUCUGGUCAAGACUGCGUCAUUUUUGUUCCAUGUUUUAUCUAAAUCAUGUGAUAGUGUAGGUCUAGGUUUUUAGCCCAAGCAUGCGCUAUAGAUUUUUGUUUGAUGAGAUUGCAUAUAAAAUUCGGAAUCACUUUUGUUUUAUUAUGCAUUUUUAUUAAAGAAAAGUAUCCUUUAAUCGUGCAUUUUUGUUUGAUAAAUAAUUUGUCGUUAAGCUAUGGCCGUGUCACUGUUACUUGUUUCUUCUUGAUUCCUAAUUUGAGGAUCUUAGUUUAAACAUGUUUCUAUAUCGUACGUAGCUCACUGACUAUGGCGCUGUGUAUUUGAUUAUAAGUCACUCAAUCGCGGUGACUUCAGAAUUUGUAAAUUGUUUUGUGAAUUAUUUUACUGUAAA